AUGGACAGACCAGUGGACAGACCAGAGGACAUACCAGAGGACAGACCAGUGGACAGACCAGUGGACAGACCAGUGGACAGACCAGUGGACAUACCAGAGGACAGACCAGUGGACAGACCAGAGGACAUACCAGAGGACAGACCAGUGGACAGACCAGAGGACAGACCAGAGUACAGACCAGUGGACAGACUAGUGGACAGACCAGUGGACAGACCAGUGGACAGACCAGUGGACAGACCAGAGUACAGACCAGUGGACAGACCAGUGGACAGACCAGUGGACAGACCAGUGGACAGACCAGUGGACAGACCAGUGGACAGACCAGUGAACAGACCAGAGGACAGACCAGUGGACAGACCAGUGGACAGACCAGUGGACAGACCAGUGGACAGACCAGAGGACAGACCAGAGGACAGACCAGAGGACAGACCAGAGUACAGACCAGAGGACAGACCAGUGGACAGACCAGAGUACAGACCAGUGAACAGACUAGUGGAGAGGCCUGUGCCUAAUAAAAAGUCACAUCACUGA